GAAGCAGCUUUAGCAACUAAUGAUCGGGCCUCCGGAUCUUCAUUCCGACCCGACUGUUCCAUAUCAUCAUGCAAUUUCGGGUUUCGGCUUCCUCCACUCCAGUUACCUUCAUCUUUUAAGUUUCAAGCCACCGUCUCUUCUCUCUCUCUCUCUCUCGAGCAGCAUCCCCCAAUCCCAACAAAUUGGUCACGAGUAAACGAAAAAUCUCCGGUAGAAAACAGCAGCCAAGAAACGCUGACGCACCCGCCAUCAAGCGAUCGCGUUAUGGCGGUGGAGGAGUCGCAGAAAUCGGCGGCACCGACCUCUGAAGAGGUCGCCAACGCUAACCCUAAGCCACACGCCGACGACGUCGCCGGGAGCGACGAUGUGCCGGAGGAAGGAGAGAUCGUCGGGGACGACGACAGCUCGUCCAAGAAAUCAAGCGCUGUGCCUUACCAGCCGCACCUGCUCGAACAUCAAUGGACUUUCUGGUUCGAUAAUCCAUCCGCCAAGUCUAAGCAAACCGCCUGGGGGAGCUCCAUGCGCUCCAUUUACACCUUCUCCACCGUCGAGGAAUUCUGGAGUGUUUACAACAAUAUUCAUCAUCCAAGCAAGCUCCCUGGUGGAGCAGACUUCUACUGCUUCAAGCACAAGAUUGAGCCGAAGUGGGAGGACCCUGUUUGUGCUGGUGGAGGGAAGUGGACUUUGACCUUUGGGAAAACGAAAUCUGAUACCAGCUGGCUAUAUACGCUGCUAGCUAUGAUUGGGGAGCAAUUCGAACAUGGAGAUGAGAUUUGUGGGGCUGUCGUCAAUGUGAGGGCUAGGCAGGAGAAGAUUUCUCUUUGGACCAAGAAUGCUUCAAAUGAAGCCGCUCAGCUGAGCAUCGGGAGACAAUGGAAGGAAUUUCUUGAUUCCAAUGAUAGUAUGGGGUUCAUAUUCCAUGAUGAUGCAAAGAAGCUUGACAGAGGUGCCAAGAAUCGCUACACUAUCUGACAUGUUGAAUUCUUAUCUGAGAGCACCGACUUCCUGUAACCGAAGCUGUCCUGGCUAAGGACAAUCAGGGGGAGACUCUUCAUAUGACGGAACUUCUAUCUCGUAUCGUAAUUUUGGCUCACUUGCGUCAAGAUGUGGUAGUUAGCAGGAAGUAGGGACAUAUAGAGCUUUACAGAGUUUUAUGCAAACUAAUUUUUGGCUUCGAAUAUAACCAGCGGUGUUGGAUGUUUGUUUGAAAAUUGGAAUUACUCAACCGUAUUCAUCUUGGUGUUGGCCACAAAGCGGAUUUAGCAGGUGGAGCACAAUCUUUGAUUAAUGCUUCUCACUAAAUUUGUUCACUGGCC